AUGACCACAGUUGAUUUCAGGGGUGCGGCGUCCUUCAAGAAGACAAAAAAAAAAAAAAGUCCCAAGUGCGUGCCACCAGAGGGACAGGAUGCCCCCGCCCCCUCCUCCGCCCCCUCCCGGUCCCCUCCCAAGCUGAGCUCGUCCGAGGACAAAGGCAGGGGAGCCCUGCUGUCCGACAUCCACAAGGGAGCCAGGCUGAAGAAAGUGGGCGUGGUCAACGACCGCAGCGCCCCCGUCAUCGAGAAAUCUGGAGGAGGAGGAGGAGGAGGAGGAGGUCCAAUGGGAAUGGGGGGGCUUUUCCAAGGAGGCGUGCCGAAGCUACGACCAGCUGGAGACGGCUCAUCGGGCGGCUCGGUGGGCAGGUCCGCCCUGAAGCCGCCGGGGUCCCGGCCGUCGGCGCCCCGCCCCUCCUCGUCUUCCUCCUCGUCUUCCUCCUCGUCCUUGUCCUCCCGCACGCCCGCCGGGCCCCCGCCGCCGCCCCCGCCCAUUCGGAACGGACACUCCUCCAUCUCGACGCCCUCAAAGUCCAUCUUGGAUGAUUUUGAAUCCAAGUUCAACUUCCACCCCAUGGAGGACCUGCCGCCUCCUGAGGAGUAUCGCCAUUUCAACAAGGUCUACCCCAGCAAGAGUGGCAAGGGCAUUUUGCGAGGAGCGCCCCCUGCUCCUCCAGUGGGAAGGUGAGCUCACCUCAAAAGCUUAGCACUUGAACUCGAUCAGCCAGGCGUCUGGUCUGUUCUGGUGUGGUCGGGGGGAUGAGGAGGUCCGCAUGCGCACGCACGCACACACACACACACACACACAAAGCACCAGCCAUGUGGACUUGAACAGAAGAGAAGACGCCUCAUGAGACUUUUUGACUUUUGCAUUUCUUUUCACAUUUGAGGACCAAAAAAGAAAAAAAAAACUCCACAACUGCACAUUCCCUCUUUGGACAGAUUUACUACUACUAAUUUUUGUUGUUCUUUCUUUUGUCGGGUGCCAGCAUUGAUCUUUAAUGGGACACACCCACACAUGAUCGUGCAUGAAUGUGGGCUUUUACAUUUUUAAAAAAAAAUUUUUUUUUUUUGUUCAAUCCCUUCUUGAUUUUGUUGGGAGUCGCUCUAGGGUGCGCUUGAAACGAACGACCCCAUCCAUGUGCCAAAGGCGGGUGGAGCUUAAUUGAAGCCCGUCCAAAAACAGUCAGUUGACGGAUGUCUCAUCUGCUUGU